AUGCACAUAAAAUCUCUCUCUCUCUCUCCCUCUCUAUCUCUCUCUCUCGCUCUAUCUAUCUAUCUAUCUCCGUCAUUAUUACUAUUAUUUGUAUCUCCCUCUGUCUAUCACUGGUACUCUCCCUUCUCACAUGCAAUCUUACUUUCCCUUCUCUCUCUCUCUCUCUCUCUCUUUGUCACUGUUCUAUUUUUCUCUCCCUUUAUCACUGUUACUCUCCCUUCUCUCUCAUCCUUACUUUGUCUUCUCUCUCUCUCUGUCACUGUUACUAUCCUUUGUCUCUCUCUACCACUGUUACUCUCCCUUCUCUCUCAUUCUUACUUUCUCUUCUCUCUCUCUCUCUUUCUCUCUAUUUAUCACUUUUCUAUUCUUUGUCUCCCUCUAUCACUAUUACUCUCCCUUCUCUCUCAAUCUUACUUUCCCUUCUCACUCUCUCUCUCUCUGUCUCUCUCUGUCACUGUUCUGUUCUUCCUCUCCCUCUAUCACUGUUACUCUCCCUUCUCUCUCAAUCUUACUUUGUCUUCUCUCUCUUUCUCUCUGUCACUGUUACUAUCCUUUGUCUCUCUCUACCACUGUUACUCUCCUUUCUUUCCAUCUCUCUCUCACACUCUUAGUUUCCCUUCUUUCUCUGCCAAUGUCACUAUUCUUUCUCUCUCUCUCUAUCAUUGUUACUCCCAUUCUCUCUCUCUGAAUCUUACUUUCCCUUCUCUCUCUUUAUGUGUCACUAUACUAUCCAUUUCCUUUCUCUAUCACUGUUAUUAUCCGUCCUCUAUCUCACUCUUAUUUUCUUUCUCUCUCCUUCUCUCUCUCUCUCUCUCUCUAUCUGACACUGUCACUAUUCUUUCUCUCUCUCUCUAUCAGUUACAUUUCCUUCUCUCUCCCACUGUUACUUUCCCUUCCUCCUCUCUCUCUCACUCUGACACUGUUAGUAUCCUUUCUCUCUCUCUUUCUCUCUCUCUCACUAGUGAUCUAUCUAUCUAUCUAUCUAUCUAUCUAUCUUCUUUUAGAUGGGUUUUAUUUUGGCUGGGCCUACAGGCUAUCUUGUCUUAUUCUAUUUAUAAAUACCAUCUAUCUUAA